GAGGGUUCAGAGGUUUUAAGGAUUUAAAAACCAACUACCACCAACCCUGCCUAAAAAUGUGUCGUUUUUUAAGUCAGCCACGUUAACCUCUUUUUCAUUAAACACCAUUAAAUUUGAAAAUUUUCCUUUUUAAAAUUCAAUCCACAAAUUCGUUUCAAAGCAACCACUUAAUACUCAGCAGCUCAGUUAAGCAAUUUUUUGUUUUAAUAGAUAAAAAGAUGGCUUAUAUGAUCAGUUACAUGUCAUGUUUUAUAGCAACAGUUCUUCUUCUUCAACCUAUGACUGCAACAUCUGACUUUUUAGCUCCACUUUUGUCCCCUCUCUUUGAUGAUGUAUGCAAAAAAGUGGAGUGUGGAAGAGGAACAUGUAAGGCAUCUCAAAAUGUUAGUUUCUUUUAUGAAUGUGAAUGUGAUUCUGGUUGGAAGCAGACUCGGUCUGAUCAUGAUGAUGCUCUCAAAUUUCUUCCUUGCAUAAUACCUAACUGUACGAUGGAUUUCUCGUGCUCGGCAGCACCUUCACCGGUUCAAGAUAAAUCAAGCAAAUCUAAUGGAUCAGUUUUUGACCCCUGCUUUUGGACAGACUGUGGAGGCGGUUCUUGCAACAAGACAUCCCCAUUCACUUACGCUUGCGAAUGUGCAGUCGGAUACAAUAACCUUCUCAAUGUCUCUGCAUUUCCAUGCUUCAAAGAAUGUUCAAUCGGAAUGGACUGUGCAAAUCUUGGGAUUUCAUUGUCGAAUGGAUCAGGUUCUUCACCACCUGUGCUGACCGAGAGUAGUAGUCAAGGUAAUUCAUGCGUACAAGUGAAUUUCUACUCUUGGACGAUUUUCAUCUUAUUUUUGGUUGUGAUUUUGUUGAAAUGAUUCAUUCAGGGGAUAUAGAAUUGAGACUCUUAGUUAGAGCUAGCAAAUGCACUUUUGGUUUUCGAUUAGGGAUUUGAAUUAUGGGGAGUGUGCCACAUAUUUGUAUGUUUUUUUUACUUAAAACUAGUAGGUGGUUCGAUUUCAUCAUUCAGCUAUAUUGUUAGGGAGCGUUUUGUAUAUUAUUUUGUUACCUAGAUGUAUGUGUAUGCACUAUGUAGUAUGCAAGCUUAGUCUUCAUAUAACUAAUACCUUACAUUGGUUUUA